AUGGCCGACGCACGAUUCGAGGUCCUGGGCUCGCCUUAUUCGAUGCUCUCUGUGACCUUGUCGCCCUCGCAGCGCCUGUACACCAGACGAGGCACGCUCGUUGCGCUUGCUGGCAAACCCGAAGAUGCUCAAUCCACUCUCUCGGUCCUCAACCCUCUAGCCCGCGCGCCGCUGGGCGUGCCGUUCCUCUACCAGCGCAUAUCCGCCACAUCGCCCGUCACGGCGCUCAUCUCGACCAAGUCUCCGACGACGACAUUUUCCGUCAUUCGCCUCGACGGUACGACAGACUGGAUGAUCAAGCAGCGCAGCGCCCUUCUCGCUUGGACGGGUCACACACUGUCGCCGUCGCCGCGCAUGCACUCGAGCCUGGGUGUUGCCCACUGGGGCAGCACAUUCCUCACCGGCCGCGGCCUCGCUGCCGUGUCGGCGCCGGGCCAGGUCUACCAAUUGACGCUAGGCGAAGGCGAGGAGUUUGUCGCGCACCCGGGCAGCGUCGUCGCCUACUCCGUCUCGCGCCAUGCGCCGCGUCCGUUCCGCUUCAAGAGCUCAACCUUCCGGCUGCAGGUGCCGUCCGUGUCGCGCUUCCUGCCGGAGCUGGCGUUUAUGAAGACGGUGCGUGAGUCAUCCGUGUACAAGUUUCUCGGCCGCAUGUUGUUUGGACUGCGAACCAUGACGCGUAGGACGAUUUGGGGCGACAGGCUGUUCCUGCAGUUCCAGGGCCCGACGACGAUCCUCAUGUCAAGCCGCGGCGUGCGCUUGGCGGACGUGCUGUCGAACCGCGAGGUGAAUGAGAUUGCAGAUGCGCCAGCCGGUGCGGUGCAGGAUGCCCUGGAGCCGCCCAAGGACAGGGAAAUCGUCAAUGCCAAGGUGGAAGAGCCUGCGUUCAAGGUGGCCGAGGUCAAGCCGGAUGGCAAGGUUACGUUUGAGGACGGCAAGGACCUCAAGGAGUUUGUUCGAUGA